GUCGUGGCCGCGAACUCCGACCAAUUUUGAAACUACCCUCACUCACAACCAACCAUCGAUAUAUCUACACUCAUCAACAAUGGCACAUACGGGCUCUCACAAUGGUGUCUCUCCAGUACACCACCAUCCCGACUUUUAUCUGAAAGAUGGUAAUAUCACAUUCAUCGUACGCCACACCUAUUUUAUGUCUCGCUCACUUUUCGAGUGCGAGUCACAAUUUUUCGUGAAGGAGUUUGCAAAAGCUCCCAGGGAGGGAACUUCCGAUUCUACCGCAUUUCGACUUGAUCAAGUAACCAUCGCUGACUUUGCGAAUUUUUUAUGGGUCUGGUAUAGUCAGUCGUACAGGCGCGAAAGAAAGCCAAAAGAGUAUUGGCUCACCAUACUGGAGCUCUCGACCGUCUGGCAAUUCCCAGAAAUGAAGAAGCUAGCCAUCGAUGAGCUCCAGAGCUUCGACAUCGAACCCGUCGAAAAAAUUACCACGUACGACAGAUACCAGAUCGAUAGAUCGCUGCUAUUGCCUGCAUACAAGCUCCUAUGCAAGCGGGCGGGCCGAAUGUCCAUCGAGGAGGGUGAACAACUAAAAUUGCACACUGUCCUCGGCAUACAAGAGGCCCGUGAGCGUGCCAUAAGGAGCGCAGCGGAGAGCGGGUGCCGUAGCCCGACCUCCGCUGAUGUUGGCGACGAGGAGUUGGACAAGAUCUUGAUUGAUGUAUUCAGUCUCAAAGGUCACAACGCUAACAGACAGGGCGCGCAGCCGCAGGCAAAACCAGACCCAGUGCCAACCAUCAAGACUCCGACUCCGACUCCGAAUGUGAAUGGAACCAAUAAGUCGUCCGCAUCGGGUUCGUCUUCUCAGAAUCCGAAAGAUAACAAUAAAACUACAGGAUCGGUAUGUAACCCGAUUGACUAAGUGAAAAAAUGAGAGACCAAUUGACGGAUGGCGAAGGUUGCUCGGCUGUCCGCUCCACAAAAUUCACGACAGAGCAGAGAGUGGAGCGUGCUCUGGUUUAUUUGUCCAUUCCAACAUUCGUCAAGUCUGUUAUCGCAGCAGUAUUCAUGUACGUUAUCCAAUUUGUAUGAUACCUUAGUCUCUGG